CUCAUCAUCGCUGGGAUGCCUUUGUUCUAUAUGGAACUAGCUCUGGGCCAGUAUAACAGAGAAGGUGCUGCCACUGUAUGGAAAAUCUGCCCACUUUUUAAAGGUACCGGCUAUGCCGUGAUACUCAUAGCCCUCUACGUGGGUUUCUACUACAACGUUAUCAUAGCUUGGUCUCUUUACUAUCUGUUUUCAUCCUUCACGCUGGGGGAGCUUCCCUGGACGAGGUGUGACCAUCCCUGGAACAGUCCCAACUGCACAGACCCCAGACUCAUCAACAUGUCGGCGUUUGCCAGUGGCACCACGUACUCCAAAUACAAGAUCACACCUGCCGCUGAAUUUUAUGAACGACGAAUUUUGCAUCUUCACGAAAGCCACGGGAUCGGAGACCUCGGCUUCCCCAGAUGGGAGCUCUUGCUCUGUCUUUUGUUGGUGAUGAUCAUCAUUUUCUUCAGCUUAUGGAAAGGCGUGAAGACAUCAGGAAAGGUGGUGUGGAUAACAGCCACUUUGCCAUACGUGGUGCUGUCUGUACUGUUAAUCCGAGGACUAACUUUGCCCGGUGCCCUUGAUGGAAUAAAAGCGUACCUCAACAUAGAUUUCAAAAGAUUAAAAGAAGCCACGUCUAUAUCUGUUCUGACCAGCUUGAAUAAUGGAGGCUUCCUCUCAGGGUUCGCCAUUUUUUCUAUCUUAGGCUACGUGGCUCAUAAGUCCAAGUUCAAAAUUCAGGAUGUGGUCACUGAAG